AUGAGGGGCACUGGUAAAGUCUGCUAUCGGUGGAUGAGGAGGGGAACUUACUUGUUCUUCAGCUGGCGCCGUCGCAAUGGCAGCGCCUCCUCUCACCCCGGCAGCAAAAGGAACCGAAGAAGCAGCAGCGGGCGCCGCCGAAUUCAACGCCCAGAAGCGUCCACCUUGGGCUUCAGUGUGAUGUCGAAGAGGGGAACCGCGCUGGGGUGCCUGUUGGUCUGCGCAUCCUCCGAGUCGGAGUCGCUGUCGGCGAUGCGCAAAUGGGCAAAGCGGCUCCUCGACAUUCUUCGCCGGGUCGCAAUGCAGCGCCAAACCCUCCUCUAA